AUGUUUUCUUUACAAACCAUCAACACCUGCCAAAGAGUGGCUUCCUUCAAGCUCGCCUCCACGUCGAAGCGAUCUGCUUCUUCUUCUUUGAGAGCAGUCGUCGAGCCGAAAGAAAACGGCUCCAUGGACGAAACCGUCGCCGACGCCGUCCAAUCCGCGGAGAAGGCGUUCGAAAUGGCGGACGCGACACCGGCGGGUGAACAAGCGCAAGCGCCGAGAGCGAUGCAAGCGAUGAUCGACCCCGCGGAUGGUUCCGUCGCCGAAGCCGCGCCGCUCGGGAACGACACGCAACUCCUCGACGACGCCAUGAAGGUGUUCACGAACCCGACCGCGAUCGAGAUGAUCAACGGCCGCGUCGCGCAAAUCGGCUGGAUGGCUGCUUUGUACACCGAAAUCACCCAAAACAAGUCUUUGUGGGGACAAGUGUUCUCCACGAGAACGUUUACGUUGGCUGACGGCGUUUCGGAUACGGUUACGUACCCGGGCGCGGGUUUGUUCUUGGCGCCGUUUUGCGCCGUCGUCAUCUUGGCCGCCUCGUUGGCGCCGGUGUUGAAGAAGUCCAGUCCGGACGGAGUUACCGCGCCGGGCAAUACCUUGGGCCCGUUCAGACCGGAAGCGGAAUUGACCAACGGGAGAGGUGCCAUGGUCGGUUUGGUCGCCUUGGUGUUGGCCGAGAAGUUUACCAACGGCAACCCGUUGUUCUAA